AUGCAUGCUUAUGUGAAGCAGCUAGUGAAGAUGUGUCUCCCUGGUAUCUUCAUUUUUACCUUGUUGACCCUCUCAAUUCCUGCUGUCCAUGGUGGGAAAGUCCUGGUGUUUCCUCAAGACGGCAGCCACUGGGUCAACAUUAAGGUCAUUAUUGAAGCGCUGCAUUCAAGAGGUCACAGUGUGUCAGUAGUACGGCCAUCAGACAGCUGGUACAUCAAGGAGACCUCCCCUCACUACAGUUCAAUCACAAUUGAUAUUCCAGGUGGAGCUGAUGAGGAAUUCUUUCGCUCAUUUGUGUCAAGACUAAUACAGAUAAAGAGAGAGGGAAACUCUGCUUGGACUCGUUUUAGUUUGGACAUGGAGUUGAAGGACGGGUUUUUUGAAAUCCACCGCAAAGUGUGUGAGAUGGUAAUCAAAAUGUUAGAGAAUAAACAGUUGAUGCAGUCUAUUAGAGAAACCAAGUAUGACUUGGUUCUGACAGACCCAUUAAAUGGGGGAGGCGUUGUGCUGGCGCACUAUUUAAAUGUGCCCCUUGUUUUCAAUGUUAGAUGGACUAUAGGUGGUGAGGGUCAUUUUGUUAUUGCUCCCUCUCCGCUAUCUUACGUUCCAAUUCCUGCUGCAGAGUUAACAGACAAGAUUAGUUUUUUUCAGAGGGUCCGUAACAUCCUUGUUUAUAUCGUCAGGCAGUAUCUGUACAGACAGACAGUGGGGCCUCAUUAUUCCGCUUUGGUUAGUCGUUACUUUGGUCCUGAGGUCGACUACUUCUCAUUGUUUCAAGCUGCUGAUUUAUGGCUCAUGAGAGUUGACUUUGUGUUUGAGUUCCCUCGUCCCACCAUGCCUAAUGUAAUCUAUAUGGGAGGGUUCCAAUGUAAACCUGCCAAGCCUCUUCCCCAAAACUUGGAGGAGUUUGUUCAGAGUUCUGGGGUGCAUGGCGUCAUUGUCAUGUCUUUGGGGACUUUAAUUGGGCAGCUUCCACAUGAUAUAGCUGAUGAGAUAGCUGCUGCUUUUGCCCAACUGCCUCAGAAGGUAAUCUGGAGGUAUAAAGGAGAAAGGCCAGCUACUCUGGGCAACAACACCUUACUAGUUGACUGGAUGCCUCAGAAUGAUCUUUUAGGACACCCUAUGACAAGGCUGUUUGUAGCUCACGGAGGAACAAAUGGGAUUUUCGAGGCUAUCUACCACGGUGUUCCAAUAGUAGGCCUUCCUCUAGUGUUCGACCAAACUGACAAUCUUUCUAGAAUGAAACUGAAGGGCAUAGCAAAGGUUGUGAAUUUCGCAACAUUAGAUAGAAACACAUUCUCCCAGGCCUUACAGGAAGUUCUGGAUGAGCCAUCCUACAGGAUGAACAUGCAGAGACUAUCCAGGCUACACAGGGACGUGCCAAUAGAGCCCCUGGACACUGCCCUCUUCUGGAUUGAGUUUGUCAUGAGACACAAAGGUGCAGCUCACCUGCGUACAGAGUCCUACAGAAUCCCCUGGUACUCCUCCCACUCUGUAGAUGUAAUGGUGUUUUUACUGACUGUUGUGCUUCUUAUUCUGCUGAUUACUGUUGCCUUGAUCAGGUGUUUAUACUUCAGGAUGUGUAGUAGACAAAAAAUUCAACAUGAAUGA